UGAUGGAGUGAGACACAUGCCUCUUUGUGAAGUUAGUGUUUAACACCGCGGGCGCGAUGUUGCAGAGUGACAUGUGCAGGUACAAUUUAAGGAAGUAGAUGCACAUGUAGAGUCUGUGAAAAAGUUUUUUUCUAAGUCGCGAAGAUAUAAAUUGAUAACUUAUCAAUGCUUAUUUUUGAGUAGCAUAUAACUUUUAGGAAAACGUAAGGAGAUUAUAUGAGUUCGUGACUGGAAGAGGAUCCGCUCUCUGCGCGCUGACGCACGGCACAGGUGCGCACCCGCCAAGCUCCACACGUUUGUUGUGUUAAGACUCUGCAGUCCAGCUGAGGAGAACUGUCAUGGAGAAAUCGAAAAACUUCAGAAUCGACGCCCUGCUCGCUGAUGAGACCAACCGGGUGAGCCGAGACGUCUCCCCCGGUUUGAGCAGCGACAGCCCGGCGGGCAGCCCGGUCUCCUGCCGCCGCGCGGACACCCCGUCUCCGCGGGCCGCACAACUUCAAGGAAUAAUCCACAAACCGGGUGUCCUAAAUCUCCCGCAUCCAGGACUCGCUUCAAUCCCCGGCAUGUAUCCCGCACCCAUGUACCCGCUAUCCGCGCUGGGUGGCCAGCACCCUGCGUUCGCGUACAGCGGCUUCACGCAGCUAACACAGACCUACCCAGAGCACCUGAAGGCGGCCGCCAUGGCGGGGUCUCUGCCCCUGGAGCACUGGAUCCGCGCCGGGAUCAUGAUGCCUCGACUGCCAGAUUACAGCACAGGCCCUCAGUCUGGUUUGUUGGGGAAGUGCAGGAGGCCCCGCACCGCUUUCACCAGUCAGCAGCUGCUGGAGCUGGAGAACCAGUUUAAGCUCAACAAGUACCUGUCCAGACCCAAACGCUUCGAAGUGGCCACCUCACUCAUGCUGACUGAGACACAGGUUAAGAUCUGGUUCCAGAACCGGAGGAUGAAGUGGAAACGCAGCAGGAAGGCGAAGGAGCAGGCCAGUGCCUCGGCCCAUUCUGAGGCACAGCGACUACGCAGUGGAGGAAAAACAGCCACCGACAAAUCGGAGGAGAGCAGAAGAGCUGUGAGUCCAGAGGACAGAGGGAUAGAUCUCGAUCUGGAGGAUGGAGAGGAGGAGGAAGAGGAAGAGGAGGAGGAAGAAGAAGAGGAGGAGGAAGCCCAGCAUGGUUUUCCUGUUGGGAUGCCGCGAUCCACGGACUUCUUGCAGCGCAGCACCGACGUUGGCUAUAGUCCUCACAGUCCUUUCUCUGAUGAGGAGCUGGAGGGGGUGCAAGUAGGAGGAGGUGACAGGAAGAUCGGGGCAGGACUGUGAACAGACACCCAGGAAACACUGGUUUGAUUUCCUGAGUGUCACAGAGACAUUACACUGGGACAUGUCUGUGUUUGUGGGCACUCGAGAAGACAAUUUCCAAACACACACAAAUGACACAAAUACACUGUAUAAACUAUCUGUGAAUAAAGUCAUCUGUAAGCACUGUACAUUUUGUAGCAUGCCGAGAAAAAAAAGGUGCUCAUUUCCUCCCUAAAUUUAGCUGUCUUCAUGCCAAUCACCUUCUGGUCAUCGUUGCUCAUCCGCUGACAGCUGGAGCUCCACCCAGUGAACAUGGGUUCAUAGAUGGAGACAAGUCAUGCAUUCAGACAGCGUGAGAAUGUACAGCAGCUGCAGCCUCCACUGCAUCAUGAAAACAAAAUCAAACAAGCUGUGUGAUGUGACUGAAGAAACAAUACACGCUUAACAUCUUCUGCUCCAGAUGUUCUGGGGUUUAAUACUUUUAUUUUUGUGCAUUUAAUAUGUAAAUAUUGAUGUUUAUUUUAUUUCUUUUGUUCCUGAUGAUGUUCUCUUCAC